AGGCUUAAUUUCCAGUGACUUAAAUUUACUGCACUGGAAAUCUCUAGAUAUCAUACGAAAGUUCCAUCGAUGUGCCACCAUUUACAAGUCGAAAAAAAACGAUAUAAGUUACACUUUCAGCAAUAAAACAGGAAACGAUUUGCAUAACAUCCAGACAAGGAACAAAGAGCAAUAGCAUCUAUCUAAAGUAAGGACAAAUUGGGGGAAGCAAGUGUCAUGCUAUCUGUUUGUUGAUGACUGGAAUAAACUGGACAGAAACAUUAAGUUGGCAGGAACUUUUAAUAUUUUUAAACAAAGGUUUUGGAUAAUGUGAACUGAUUUUAUCCACUAUGAUGAACUUUUUUUAAUUUUGUAAUGUUUUGCUAAAUCGAUAUAAUUAGUUAAAUAGAGGACCCUCAUGAAAAGCACCCUCGAGUGACUGAGGCCAUCUUCUGUAAAUAUUUGUAUUAUUAUUAUUAUUAUUAUUAUUAUUAUUAUUAUUAUUAUUAUUAUUAUUAGUAGCAUGCCUCAGAAUAUUUUCAAUUUCACCAUAAGGUACCUGAACAAUACCCUUGCUACACAGAAAAACUUGAAAAAGUGGAACUUGAGCCAGACUUCUGAUUGUUCUUUCUGUUUUCUGCCAGAAACCCUCCUUCACGUUGUUGCUGGCUGCAAAACAUACUUGGAACAAGGCCGAUACACCUGGCGUCAUAACUCUAUCUUAAACUUUCUAGCUACGUCUCUUAAAGCUGUUAAUGAAUCUACCAUCUACGCUGAUAUACCUGGCUAUCUUUCACCAUCAAUCAUAACUGGAGAAAACCUUCGCCCAGAUCUUCUCUUGAAGACUAACAACAAUUACCUAUACAUCUUGGAGCUUACUGUUGGUUUUGAAUCCAAUCUUGACACAAAUGCAACAAGAAAACACAGCAAGUAUGCUCCUCUCCUAUCUGACUUACAGCGAAAGUUCAAAUGUGUCUCUUUUGUGAAUCUUUCUAUGAGCUCUCUUGGCAUCUUUGGCAAUUCCUGCAUCUCUUUCUUCAAAAUGUGUGACUCUCUCUCCAUCGAUCAACAACAAAAAUGGUAUCUCAUCUCUAAACUUUCCAAAAUUGCCAUUCGUACUACGUACUACAUAUUUUGUUGCAAAAAUAAACCAUGGACAAAUACGGAAUUACAUCCGUUUUAAUUUUGGUUGUUUUAUUUUUCUCAGUUUUUUUUCUUUUACCUUACGAUUGUUAUAGUUUUUUCUUGUAAACCAGGCUAGCCAAUUGCAAAUUACCUUGUAAUAGUGAGAUUUGUAAUUGUAGUUUAAGUUGAAUUGAAAAUGAAAUGUUUCCAUUAUUAUUAUUAUUAUUUCUAUUAUCAUUAUUAUUAUGACAAAUAAGCCACGGACAAAUCCGGAAUUACAUCAUUUUUAACUUUGGUUGCUUUAUUUUUUUCUCUCAGUUUUUCUUUUUAUCUUACGAUUGUUAAAGUAUUUUUUCUUAUAAAAACAGGCAAGCCAGUUACAAAUUACCUUGUAAUAGUGAGAUUUGUAAUUGUAGUUUAAGUUGAAUUGAAAAUGAAAUGUUUCCAUUAUUAUUAUUAUCUACCUCAUCUACCUCUCUCUCUGACAUGCUACACCAACUUAAUUUUGACUCAAAUCAAACUAAAUCCAUCUUGAUGAAACUCAUGAACAUUUCUAUCCGCUGCACCUACUAUAUCUUCUGUCGUCGAAAUAAACCAUGGCUAAGCCCCGAACUAAUCGACUUUUAAAUAUUGUAAUGCAGAUAAGCCAAUUAUAUGAUGCCUGUAAAAGCGACUCGUAUAAUUGUAAAUUUAAAAUGUAUUCAAUGAAAAUGAGAUGUUUAAAAAAAAAAUUAUGUCAUCACAGACCAUAAAGCCUUAAAAUAUAUCUUCAAUAAUGCCAGAUUGAAGCCUCCAGCACGCAUAGAGCGAUGGGUUCUAAGACUUCAACCCUAUAACUUUCGGGAAUUCAACCUAUUAAAAGUGACUUUCAAGGCAAUUCACAACACUAACUGGCCUACAAUUAUUAAACUCGAGCUGCAAACUUGUAACAGACUACUGCGAAGUGUCUCUUAUAAGGUCUCAAACAAAACUCAUAUAAGGCCAUCACUAAUAGCAGAUACUUUUGAAGAUGCCGCUGCAAAGUGCUUUAAUGACUUACCUGGAUCAAUAAAAUCUCAGUCUAGCUUUACAACAUUUUGUUCCAACUUAGAGAAGCAUUUAUUGGAAAAAGCGAGCAACAAAUUGGACUAAAAAACAUUAUUUCUUCUUUUUUUUAUAAUUAUGUAACUGUUGUUAACUUUUGAACCUGUAAUUUGACUUUGCUUUUAAUUUUAGAGUUGAAGAGCCACGCUUGUAGUGGAUAUGCUCGAUUGUACCAUUAUUAUUAUUAUUAUUAUUAUUAUUAUUAUUAUUAUUAUUAUAUCGUAAAGCGGUCGCGUGCAGACGCUGCUGUACACGGCUCCGGUUUAACUUCGUUUAUCAAGCCUGGAUUUAUUUGUUUCUAUAAAUUGUUUCAGUCAAUCGAUUAAUAACGGUUAAAGGACUUUGGAAAGACAUGGUUCGAUCUUAUAUUAUCUCAAUUCUCAUUCUAUUUACCAUUUGUUCGUUUUGUGGAAGGGACUUUGUUACGUUAGGCCGACAUCAAUGGCGCUGUAAACGACAGAUUCACAGCAAAGAUACUUGACCCAACGGAGCAAUUAACAUUCCAUUGAUUGACACCAGAUCAAAUUCUGUUGUUUUGAACAGUCAACAAUGUGUUAAGUGCUGCUGUGGCAAGUCCUGCAAAGGGAUCAAAGGCCUCCGCAUUCAUCAGAGAAAUUGUAAGGUUUUGAAAGGGCUUGGCGAAGAGCAACUGCAUGAAAUUGUGACUGAUGAUGAUCUUGAUACCAAUGACAACCCUGAUGUGCCUCUUGAGGAAUAUUUUGAAAUAAAGCCAGGAAUUCGCCUACCUAGUUCUGACAAUGAAUGGUUACUCGCCAACUCGUAUUUUCAAUCUGUACUUAUAGAUGUGUCCAUAAAUGAGUCAUCAGUUGAUAACGUUACCAGGUUGAUGAUAGAUUCGAUUUAUGACUAUUUUAGGGACACAGGUGGUGUGAUUGAAAACUGCAACAAAGACCUGUCUACAAAAUACAAGGACCACUCAAUUAAAAGCUUGAAAAAACAAUUAAAGGCUCUUAAAUAUUCUAAAGCCCCCAUUCUUGAAAAUAAAUACGUAUCUGGACUUAUUCGAAAGAAGCUCAAGACAAACAUUCUACAAACAAAUACUUCUGACACAAUUGAUCAUGAUAAAUACAUUGCUAAAAAUUUCUGGAGUUACGUCAAACGCUUUUUUCAAAGUAAGUCAUCACUUCUGCCAUCAUUUUCUGCUACACGUUGCACCGAGUACUUUAGUGAUACUUUGUCUGCCCUUUAUCCAAAUAAUCGAUUCACUAUUUCUUCUUGGAUUCCUUCUUUCGAUGAACCAUCCUAUCCAUUUGACACACAACCUCCAUCAUAUCAUGAUAACUUCUAUUAUACGUCGCAUGAAAUCCUCCACUUCUCCCUGUCCCCUUGAUAAGAUAUCCAUCAUUUGUUUCAAACGUUGCCCUUACCUACGAUCUUUCCUCACCAAAAUUAUUCAUAGCAUUGGGUAUCUGGCAGCGUUCCAUCCGAAUGGAAAAAAGCAUCAACGAUAUUGAUCCACAAAAAGGACAAUACAGAUGAUCCUUCUAACUUCAGACCAAUAACCUUUGAAAAUCUUUGAGAAUCUGUUCCCUUGAAAAUCUUCACCUCCUGCAUACAUUACUCUGUUUUCAGCUUUCUGAAACAAAAUGGUUUCAUUGAAAGCCAAAUUCAAAAAGGCUUCACUCCCAAGAUAUCAGGUACUUUAGAACACGCGGCACUUACGGGUCAUAUGAUAAAUAAAGCUCGCACAAAACAGCGCUCUUUGGUUGUUACCCUGCUUGAUCUCAAAAAUGCUUUCGGCGAGGUCCACCAUAAUUUGAUUCCCACUAUUCUUUCGUACCAUCAUAUACCAUCUCAGCUCUGGUCUGGUCUGGUCUGGUUUCAGCUCUGGUCUCCAGCUUAUAUUCGGGCUUCAAGACCUCUAUCCUCACAGAUACAUUCCAAACCCCUGCAAUUCCCAUUUGUCGUGGUGUUCUUCAAGGUGACUGCCUCAGCCCUCUUAUCUUUAAUCUAUGCUUCAAUACAUAUAUUCAAUACAUAAAAGCAGAAAAAUAUAAACAGCUUGGCUUCUCUCCCCACGACGAAAACGAUCGCAUGUUCCAGCCAGUGCAUUAGUUACAAUUUGCUGAUGAUGCUGCGGUUGCUACUAGUGGUGAAAAGGAGAAACAGCUCCUGUUAAACUGCUUUACAAGAUGGUGUCAGUGAGCAAACUUUGUAAUAAGGGUUGAUAAAUGUGUCACCUUUGGCAUUAAGAAAUACUCAACAAGAUCUCUACAGUUCCAGCCAAAGCUUUUCGUGAACAACCAAAGCGUGCCUGUUGUUAAAAAUGGAGAAUCUUUCAAAUACCUUGGCCGCUUCUUUGACUUCGAAAUGACCAAUGGCAGUCAUAAAGAGAAACUGCUAUCAAUGUUUCCCAGCCUUCUGAAAGAAAUUGAUGACUUGCCUCUGCAUCCCAAAAAUAAACUUCUAUUGUACCACAGAUAUGUAUUGUCCAAAGUUUCUGGGCACUUCACUGUUGCAGACCUAUUGAAGACCUGGGUCAUUGAGAACCUCGAUAAUCUUGUCUCUAAAUACAUUCGCCAGUGGCUUGAUCUUCCCAUAAGUGCUACUUCAAAUAGUAUAGUUCUUUCUAAAAAUCAAUUUGGUCUCGAUCUCAGCUACCUUCUGUCAAAUUCACUCAAUGCCAAACUGUUUCACGCAAUGCCCUCCGAACUUCUCCUAAUACAAACAUUCAAGCUUUAUGGAAAAACACCAGUAGUGGGAUGAAUCUGCAAUACAACAUUUACCGUAACACCAAAGAUAUACUGAAAGCAGUAAAAUCAGACAGUAGAGAGCGCUUGGCACACCAAUUACUAUCCCAGGGUGCUAUUAUUUCAUUUCUGUUGGACCACUCUCUUAAAAGCUCAAUGGUCUUUGGUCUGUUGUGCAGAGCAACCUACCCACGAACAUCUUCAACUUCACCAUCAAGUACCUGAACAAUACUCUCCCUACGCGCAAAAAUCUAAGCCUUUGGAACCUAAGCCAAUCAUCUGAUUGAGAAUUCUGCCUUCUUCCCGAAAUUUUACUCCAUGUCGUUGCAGGCUGCAAAGUUUAUCUCGAACAAGGUCAAUAUACCUGGCGUCAUAAUUCUGCUCUAAAUUUUCUUGCAACCUCCUUGAAAGCGACGAUGGCUUCUCCUUACCAUCCAUCAUAACUGGAGACAAUCUGCGCCCAGAUCUACUUCUGCGUACAAAGGAAAACAUUCUUUAUGUUUUGGAACUAAUGAUAGGAUUUGAAACCAACCUUAACUGCAAUUCAGAAAGAAAGCGUUUAAAAUAUGCUCCCCUUGUCUCAGAUCUAAGACCAAGGUUCAAAUCUGUCAAAUUUGUAAAUCUCUCCAUCAGCUCUCUUGGCAUCUUCGGCGACUCAUGCAGCUCAUUCCUUGAAAUGUGUGACUCUCUUUCCAUCUAGACAUCAAAGCAAAAGGAGAAAAAUGCAAGUUUCUUCAAAAAGAAAUCAAAUUUUAUGGUCUCAUUUUUACAGAAAAAGGUACCAGACCUGACCAAGAGAGAGUCAAACAUCUGUUAAACACUGCACCGCCACAGAAUGCAUCGGAAGUGCGCAGUUUUCUUGGAAUGGCAAACACUUGUAGCCAUUACAUUCCAAAUUAUGCCACGUUGACACAACCGCUUCGAGAGUUGACAAAGAAAAAUAAUACUUUCAAAUGGACCAUAGUAGAACAAAGAGCAUUUAACCAGUUGAAAAAGAAACUUACACAAGCACCUACUUUGACACAGAGAAACACAGUGUGUUUAUCGUAGAUGGAUCACAGCACGCUGUUGGUGCUAUUUUAGCUCAAAGAGAGAAGGAUGGGACACAGUAUAAAAUUGUCUUGUAUGCAAGUAGAGCCCUCACUCCAGUAGAGAGCAGAUAUUCACAGACCGAUAUAGAAGGCCUUGCUUUAGUCUGGGGGAUAGAACAUUUUCGCCUAUUUCUCCUAGGCAAAGAAUUUGAUGUAAUCACAGACCAUAAGGCCUUAGAGUCAAUCUUCAAUAAUGCUAGAUCCAAGCCACCAGCACGAAUAGAGCGAUGGGUUCUAAGACUUCAUAGGGCCCUAUAACUUUCGUGUAAUAUACAAAAAAGGAUCGCAAAAUGAAGCUGACUAUUUGAGUAGACAUCCAAUCAACAAGAGUCAGUCCGAAAGUAAAGAAGAACAAAUGGCCGAGGAAUAUGUGAAGUAUAUUAUCGAAAACACAGUUCCAAAGACAAUGACACUGGAAGAAGGAAAGGAAGCCACACGCAAAUUUUACAGAAAGUUCGGAAAGCUAUUGAAUCAGGAACAUGGGAUGCAAAGGAUCCAGAGCUUCAGCCAUACAAGAGAUGUGCAGAAGAACUAACAGUAAAUACCAAAGUAGUUAUCAUGAAAGGAUGUAAAAUGGUGAUUCCUAAAAGCCUUCAAAGCUAGGCCAUGCAGGACACCAGGGAAUAGAAAAAACAAAAAGUCUACUCAGAGAACAAAUCUGGUUUCCAAAACUGGAUGACAAAGUUCGCGAGAUUGUCGCAAAUUGUGUCGCAUGACAAGCAGUUGGAAAUGCUAAUUCACCCGAGCCAAUGCAAAUAACUCCAACAGUAGACAUUCCAUGGCACACCAUAGCUAUUGACCUUCAUGGCCCAAUAACAAAUACAGAGCAAUAUCCAUUGGUAGUAACAGACCUUUAUUCAAAAUUCCAAGAAAUCGAAAUUUUGAAUUCCACAACCGCACCAGCAGUAAUACCCAAGCUGGACCGUAUAUUUGCGACACAUGGCAUUCCAGUAAAACUAAAGACAGAUAAUGGACCUCCAUUUAAUGGAAAUGAAUUCAAGAGAUACACCAAAGCUUUAGGUAUGGAGUGGAAACCAAGUACACCACUCUGGCUUCAAGGAAAUUCGAAUGUUGAAAGCUUAACGAAAGCAAUCGGUAAAGUGUUACAGACAGCAAAAUUAGAAGGAAAGAACUGGAAACAAGAACUCCAAAGAUUCCUACUAACAUACCAAACAACUCUGCAUGAUACAACAAAAGUACCUCCAUGUGAACUGUUGUUCAAUAGAUCAAUUCGAGGACAACUACAUGAAUUGCCAAGAAAGAGGGUACUUAAUAAGCAUAAAAAAGCAAAGGAAAACAUCGAGAAAAAGAAAGCUCAAAACAAAGAAUAUUAUGGCAAGAAACAUAAUACGAAAGAGUCAGAGAUAAAAGUGGGAGAUACAGUUAUUUGUCUACAAAAGAGGACAAAUAAGCUAGUACCAAAGUUCAGCCCAGAAAGAUUCAUUGUACAAGAACGAAAAGGAACAAAGAUACUCGUGAAAAACCGACGACAUAUCAUAACAAGAAAUGUCUCACAUUUCAAGAGAGUUCCAGCAACGGACAGCUACAACAAUGAGGAGGAAGAUAUUAGUGACAGUGACAGCAAGAAGGAAAAGAAGGAGCAAGAAAAGAUUGAAGUCGAUGACAGACCAAGGAGAUCGAAAAGAUCAAAGAUUCCAGUUUGGAGAUUUGGAUUUAUGCAAAUGUGAACAGCUCAGAACAUUGAGAACUAUAAACAUGGAUGUGUCGAAAAAAAAGGGGAGCAAUGUAGUAGUUUUUAUUAUUAUUAUUAUUACCAUUAAUGUAUGACGUCAUAUGCCUGCGCAUAUGAUCUUAUUGUAAUCUCGUAUAUGAAGCGAUCUCCCGAACCGAUGUGUUUUAUCUCUUUCUUACAAAGUCUACACACAUUCUUAACAAUCUCAACCAAAACAAGGCUUUAUUUCUUUCUCUGAGCUCUUGAUUUUUUUCUAUUUCAUCAUCUUCAUUUAAAUAUAUCAAUACUCAAUGAUUAAAAGUUACAACCAUUGUAUGACACAAUUAUAAUAGAUAAAAGCAACAACUUUCAAGUACACUGAAGAAAGUUCUGUAGUUCACGUUGGAUUCAUAUUGAACAUGAGAGUUCUAGGCCUCGAGAGAAAGGGCCUAAGAAAUAUUUAAUCGAGAACCAUUAGUCAAGGGGACCCAAAAUUGUAUGGUUAGAAAACUUUAACAUUUGAUCAUAGUCAAAAGAAAAGUAUAGUCUGGAAACUAACAAUAGGGCAUUGUUAUAUGUUUUUAUGCAUGUAAUUUUGGUGCCCAGUCCCUACGAUGGUGCAUAGUUGCCAGAAUGAAAAACUAUUCACACAUUUCGGGCGCUUCGGCUCGCAAAAUGCCAGGCGCAAACUGUAAAAUAUAUGGAUGUAGCGUAUCUAGAAAGGCAAAGUAUCAAGAUAUCAGUAUAUUUAGAGUUCCUAAACUUGAUGACGUAUCUCACAACAAAUGGAGAGAGAAUUUUGUGGCGGUUGUUACAAGAGACAGAGUAGUUGACGCAAGCCUAAAAUGUCAGAUUCAAAACAAAACCAUCGGAGUUUGCGAGCUUCACUUCAAGCCUGAGGAGAUAAUUCACCAUGCCUCAAAGAAAACCCUGGUUCCUGGACUAUUCCAACUCAAAACCUGCCAAGAAAAAGUAUACAAAGAAACAAAAAGGUAUACUCAUUUGCAAGCAUUCGUUUUAAUAUUAAAAAAUUGAUCCAUUUAGGAAAUUAACAAUUUUUUUGUAUGGAAUGUUUUUGGUUUGUUUAUUAUAUAUAAAGAAAUUUCGGUAUCAACAGUUGAUGAAAUUUACCUCUAAAAAAUUGCCCAGUAUGAUUGCACAUCCUAUCAACCAUCCCAUGGGUAACCCCCCCCCCCCCCGAAACAUAUCUAGACUGGCCUCUUUAAAAUUGUCUUUAAGUUCACUUUAACCCAAACCUAAUGAGCAUUUGACAGUUAAAAUUACAGAAAACUGAUAUUUUGUCUUUACAAUACGGCAAAGACAGUAAGGAUGGAAGACCUUCUUCGAAAACUGCAUCUGUUAAAAGAGAGACAAGCAAUGAGGCUUCCGCUCAUCAAAGUACAUCUGUGCCAUCAAGAUGCUAUAAGUCAUUUAAGGAAAUGUGUGCUCGAAGCCAGAAUUUGAAGCUACGUUAUUGCUGGACGAGUGAAGCAAGAGAAAAUGACUGUUUAUUUAUUAAAAGAGGAGAUGAUUCAUUCGAGUUGAAUAAGUUUGAAGUGUACAUUGACACUUCCCUCAACUUUACAGUGAGGGUUUAUGCUUGGGAGAUUCCAGAAAAUCACAAACUUUACCAAAAAUUCGCAAGAUCAGUGGAAAAUGUAACAAUUUCUAAUCUUGUGUGUUGUUUGGAGAAUAACAGUCUUUGUUCUGGUAUUGAUUGCAAGAUUUUCCAAUUGUCCGCUGCCUUUGUAAAGCAUAAUGGGCCUCAUAAGCAUUAUUAUUCUGUUAAAGGAAGCAAACCAUUGGAUCAAACUGAGUAUUCAAGGUCACCCUCAUGUUUGGUAAUUUUGUUACCAGAGUUGGGACAAAAAUCACCAUGCAUCUUCUGUUCAAAGCUUUCCAAGGUAAAAGAAAGAUCCUCAAAACAAAAAUCAAGGCGACUUGAAACUGUAGCAAGUUUGAAAGCUCCUGUAUCAAUGAGAUCUUCAUCCAGAAUAAAACUAACACUGCAGCAGGUGUGCCAAGAACAAAGUGCUAAUGAAUGAGAUGUCAGAAAUGAAGAGAGAGAUUUCAAUAAAUGCUAUCCCUGUUGCAAAAGAAUUAGAUAUAGAUUUAGUCACCAUCAUGUCAGGUGUAGAAGAAUCAUCAAUGCCACCCUUCAUGAAGCUCUUUUGGAGUGAGCAACAGAAUUAUUUAAAAACAUCCAGCAAAGGUCUCAGAUAACAUCCCCUGAUAAUAAGGUAUUGUUUACGCCUUGCUUCAAAGUCUCCAGCAAUGUAUGAUGACAUGCGUUAUGACCAGAGCAAAGGAACUGGAGUUCUUAUUCUUCCAAGCAGACGUCGUUUAAGAGAUUACAAGAAUUACAUCCGUCCCAGAGAGGUUUUAAUGCAGAAAUAGUGCAAGAGCUAAUUGAAAAAACAAAAGAUUUCUCCCAAGCUGAAAGGUAUUAAGAAGACUUAGUGUGGGACAAGAACACUGGUGACUUAAUUGGCUUUGUUGACCUCGGUGACACAGAACUUAAUUAUGGAACAUUUAAGGGGAAAGUUAACACAGUGGCUAGUCAUGUUCUGGUAUUUUUACUGAGGAGCAUGAUAAAUCCAAUCAAGUUUAGCUUUGCUAAUUUUGCUACAACUUUGGCAUCAUCAUUUCAAUUGUUUCCCUUAUUCUGGAAGGCUGUUAGCAUUUUGGAGUUGCAGUGUAACUUGAAAGUCAUAUCAGUUACAUGUGAUGGUGCUUCUGCUAAUAGAGGCUUUUUCAAAAUGCACAAGCAUCUGAAUAACAAUGAUGACGCAGUCACUUUUAAAGUUGAGAAUAUGUUUACUGAAGAAAAGCCCUACAUUUAUUUUGUGGCUGACCCACCACACCUAAUGAAGACUGCUAGGAACUGCCUAUCAAAUUCUGGUUCAGGGCGUUGUAGCAGACUUAUGUGGAAUGAUCAGUACAUUCUUUGGAGUCAUAUUUGUGACCUGUACAAUGAAGACCAGGAAUGUGGUCUUCUUCUGUUACCAAAGCCAACAGAAGAUCAUCUUAAUCUAUCUUCGUACUCUGUAAUGAAUGUGAAAUUAGCUGUUCAGGUCCUUAGUUGUACAGUGGCUAAGGUACUUGAAAGUUUUGGUCCAACAGAGAGCGCUGGAACGGCAAAUUUUUGCAGGAUGAUGGAUUUGUUUUUUGAUUGCACAAAUGUCAGGAACACCAAAGAAGGAGACAGAAAACUCAAGCCUUUCCUCGAGCCCUACAGGUCCGUCAAUGAUGUCAGAUUUGACUGGUUGAAAAAUGAAUUCCUCAUGUACCUGAAAUCUUGGAAAGAGUCUGUUGACAAAAGGCCAGGUAAUUUUAGUGAAUCAGACCGUAUGAAAAUGUUCAUAUCAAGGCAAACAUAUGAAGGCUUGCAAAUAACAUGUUACUCUUUAAUAGAGAGUGCGGGAAAAUAACCGACCCGAGCAAGGCUUGAACUCAUGACCCCUGACUUUGUACGUCAAAUGCUCUACCGCUGAGCUAUCGGGUCAUGCUUUCAAGCCAACACCCAAGGCAGAGUCAUUCACCAGCACUGCCUUUUACCAGAUACACUGGUUACUCUUUAGUUGAGUGCAUAAAAUUUCUCUUAUAGAAUGGGCUCCAGUAUGUUUUAACUGAACGAUUCUGUCAAGAUUCCUUGGAGAACUACUUUGGUCACCAAAGGAGUCUUGGCCGACGUAAAGACAACCCAACGUUACGAGACUUUGGUUAUAAUGAUAAUACCAUACGCAAUUUGAAGGAUUUACAGCCAAUUGCAGGAGGAAAUGUACACAGUGCUUUUCAUGAAGAAGUGAUGUCAAUAGAUUCAAUUCCUCUCCCAAGUCGGAAAAAGAAAAAAACAACAAUUUAAACUUUGAAAUGAACAAUGUUAUGUAUCUAUUACUUAAUUUAACAAUACAUAUAACCAGUUAUGUUUAAGGCAUUUUAUUCUUCUUUUUAGUACCACAACUCAGAGAGCAUUAAGGGCUGGGGAUUAUUAUAACACCCCAAUGUUAUACCAAAAUCUCAUCAUCAUCAUCAUCAAAGGCGUAGGCCUAGUGGCCCUUGGCACCUCUCACAAUGGCAGCCCAUUUGAGGCGAUCUUGAGCAUGCCUCAUGGCAGUUGCUAGUGGAAGACCAGUGUCUUUUCUAACCUGGUCUUGCCAUCUCAAAGGUGGUCUACCUCUACCCCUAUUUCCUUGAAAAUCUUGGAUAAAAACAGACUUGAUGUAGUUGUCUCCUGGUCUUCUUGCCAUGUGACCGAACCAUUUGAGCCUUCUCAUUUUGACGAUGUUGCCUAUGUUCUGGACAUUAAGCUUAUCUCUUAUAUAGUUGUUGGAUAGUCUUCGUACCUGGUGACGCCAAGGAUAGCUCUCAAGCAUCGCAUUUCAAAAGUUUCAAGCUUCUGUAGAUCAACAGAAGUAAUAGUUCAGGUUUCUGAGGCAUAAAGUGCAAUGGGGAGAAUGAGUGCAUUAUAAAGGCGGACUUUUAGUUUAUGUGAAAUUGACAGUUGAUUCCAGACCCUAGAUCUCAGCCGGCCGAAUGCAGAGGAUGCCAUACCAAUUCUUCGGUCUAUGUAUGUUGUGGAGCCUGGUAUAUUGCUGCCUAGAAACACAACGUUGUCAACGUGUUCAACAGGGUCUCCAUCGAUACUAAUAACUUUGUUAUCUUCUGGGGAUAUGACUUUACAUUUGGCUGAGUUAAUUUUCAUACCCCACUUCUUGCAUGCCUCUUCAAGUGCUUCCGAAGAUAACAUUAACUUAUCAAAUAUGCAGGGAAAAAGAGUGGUGUCGUCUGCAUACCGUAUAUUAUUGCUUAAAUUGUUGUCAAGAGUAAGUGAAUCGUUGGUGAGGUCCUUAAGUUCUUUCAUGACAAAUUCUAGGAAGAUGUUAAAUGAGAUUGGAGAAAGCAGACACCCUUGCCUCACUCCAACCUUUACUUCAAACCAAUCUGUAAGUUGCCCAUUUAUAAUGACUGCACAUUCAGUGUUGUUAUACAUGUUUUCUAUAAGAUGGACUAUUCUUGGGUCAACUCCUAUUGCUAGCAACAUUUUCCAAAGAGCUUUUCGCCAAAUGGUAUCAAAUACAGCUUUAAAGUCAAUGAAGUGCAGUGGAACUUUAUGCUCUUAAGCCUUUUCUAUCAGCUGCCUGAGAAUGAAUAUGGCAUCAACUGUUCCUCUACCUGGUCUAAAACCGAACUGACUUUCACUCAUAGCUUUUUCCGCUGUCGUUUUAGUUCUGUCAAGUAAUAUGCUGCAGAACACUUUACCUGGAAUAGAAAGAAGGGAUAUGGCGCGGUGAUUUGCUGGGUCUAAUUUAUCCCCCUUUUUGUGGAUUGGUGUGACGAUCAUCCUUGACCAGUCUUUUGGCACUUUUUUCUCUUUCCAGGCAAUAUUGAAAAUUUUAAGGAGCAUGUUGAUCAUUGUUUCCCCUCCUGCCUUAAGAACUUCAGCUGUGAUAUUAUCUACUCCUAGUGCCUUGUGAGUUUUCAUCUUUUGAACUGCUUUUCUAACCUCUUGUAGAGUAAACGUAUCUUGUGGCAUCAACGUCAUUAGGUGCAUCUGGUAAUGAGUCAUAAGCAUCCUCUUCAUGGGGAAACUCUGUGUUUAAGUGAGUUUCAAAUUGUUUCUUCCAGCAGUCAAGUAUAACAUCUGUGUUUGUGUGGAUGUUACCUGUGGUAUCUUUAAUGGCACUUAUGGGUUUUUUCUUUUUACCUUCAAGACGCCUUACAUUUUUAAAUAGAUUAUGUGUGUUGUUUCUUUUGAAAUCUUCUUCCGUGCACUCAACUAGUUGUUCCAAGUUUGCCUUUUUCUGAGAUCUGACAGACUUCUUGACCUGCCUGUUUAGGUCAUUAUAAUGUGUUCUUAGUUGGUUGUUGUCUGGUUUAUUCAGCAUCUCCUUUCUUGCCAGACGUCUUUUGUCACAUAGUUUUACUAUGUCGGCAUCCAGUCCAUCUACGUGCUCUCGUUUUUUAACACCAGUAAUUUCAAGGGUAGUGGUAUUUACUGAGUCUUUGAACGAGCAGUAGAGACUAUCUAUGUCUUCAUAGUCAGAAUCACUAAGCUCACUAAAGCGAUUCUGCAAAGAGAUUUCAAAAUGACUUGUUAAUGUAGAAUCGUUUAUGAGCCUGUCUACAUCAAACCUUUUUACAGUGGUAGGUUUCUUCCUUUUAUGCAGUUGACUUAAGGUGAUGUCAAGGUUUGCAACCAAAAGGAAGUGAUCGGUGUAGACAUCAGCUGAGUGGUAUGCUCUUGUGUUCUUAAGUUUUGGUUUGAGAUCUUCUUUAACUAUGACCUGUUUUUAGUGUUUAACAGCUUAGUGUGUGACAACUUUGCAUCAUCAAUAUCAACCUUAGAUGCAAGUAACAAGACCAAAUAUUGUUUCCUGCUGUCAUCAAGGUUAGACUUCUGGUCUCUUGUAGCCUUGCGGAGUCUUCGAUAAAGGGUUCCACAAACAUAUCCACUUAGGUAAGCCAAAGCAUUUCUUUCCCUGUCUGUUAAGGUUGUCAACUUGGGUUGUAUAAUAUCAGUUGUCUCAAUUUCUAUACCUACAACAUGAGCCAUUAUUUGGCUAACAAGCUCCAUGCCAAGCAGUAAAGUUGGAUGCUUUGAUAUGCCUUUAAACAAUACAUCACAGUUCUUUUUUACUAUGCUGUAAAACUUGGGCAAAAACGUCUCGUGGUCCAGGUUUGUAACCACAUUUUCCAGCACAGUAUACAAAGAGACAGCUUCGUCGAUGGUAAUAUGGUAUCCGAAGAACUCAUUCUGAAUAGUAGCAGGAUAGCACUGAUCAGAUGCCAAAUUUGUGGCACAUUUUUCAACAAAUUUUUUCAAUUGCAAUGGAUGCAGCUUGGCCUUUUUAUCAACUUUGUGGCUUCUGCUCAAGUGUUGCUUCACGCCUCUCGCCGUUUUAAAAACGCUAUCACAUUUUGGGCAUUUAUUGGCAUCUUCGAUAUUUGUUGUUAUCUAGAAUUAAAAAAAUAAUACAAUUAAUUUUAAAAUGUUCGAUUUCGUUUCAAUCCAGGAGGGUAAAUUCUGUUUAGUUGGGUUAGAUUUGGUCGGGCUGAAUACCAAGGCCUUUCCUUAAAUGUAUUACCGACUCCUCUGCCCAGAGGCUCUAGCAAAAUCAGUCUCUCUGUUUUACCUGAAACAUAAUUUGAAGCUAAAUAAUGCUUCUUGCUGAACUUUUGCUUCUUGCUGAGCUGAUAUUAAGGUAUUGCCUUCAAUAGAUAGAUUGAGUUUCGGGGUUAUGGCCUAAACGCAAGCCCCUUGAAUAAGUCAUCAAUUGGUCCGUAUAUUUUGAUUAAUCCAAGCUUCUACUAACCUCUGACAAAACUGAAUCGAUGUGUGAUUGAACAGACUCAUCUUUUUCGAAAAAGUCUUCCUCCAAAAGCUCCAAAAUGAGAUCAAGAUCAUCCCCAUGCACGUAGUCGCCAGUCGUAUCCAUGUUUAUGAAUUGGUAGUAUGCACCUUCGCCACUCUCCAGUGAAAUCGCGCAACAUAAUGUCGGAGAACAAUAGAACACAGGGGUAGAUUCCAGACUAUACUUUUCUUUUGACUAUGAUUUGAUUGUAAAUGAAUAGAAGAACUCCUGUGAGUAACCUCCUGACAAUGUGUCAAAGAGAUAAACGAAUUGGUUGCGGCAAACAUAAAUAUGUUGUUGUCAAGCUUAAAGUAGAUUUCACAAUAAUGAACUGAGCUUUUAGAUUGGCCUGCACAAUAUUGAAAGAAGCCCCACGAGUCACCCAGGAGUAAAUGAAUCAAUUUUUUUGGAAAAUACAAACAGGAGACUUUCUAUUUAAGGCUUCCUAGCGAUAGUCACAGGAGUGCGAGUGUAAUUUUUACCAAAUAUUUUUAGCAGAGCAAGCUUUUUUUUAUCAGGUGACCCCGAUAGGGCGUGCCCAUUAAAUUUGAGAUAGAGGCUAGAAAUCUUUGUGUUAGGGACAAAUUUUCCUAUAAUUCAUUAGAGGCUUCAACACAGUUUUUGUCUUAACCAAGGCUUAUUUUCCCUGAAAUCAUUAGAAGCUUCGACAGAAUGUUUGUGUUUACCAAGGUUAAUUUUACUAUUAUUCAUUGGGGUGUUAACAUAAUUCUUGUUAUCUCUGAGGCUAAUCUAUGUACCCUACCGUAGGGCCACUGGCAAGCCUGCGUAGCGGGCUUCGUAGGGGAGCUAGUUGAUGCUAACAAAGGAAUUUUUCGAAUUGGACAUGUAGUUUCUGAGAUCCCCCAUUUAGGUAGGUAAAAGAUAUUUUCACACGAAUACACUACUGUCUUUAUAUUCAUAGCAGAAUAUUUUCGAAUCAAACAUGUAGUU